AUGGCUUCUAAAGAGAUCACCGCCUCUGGAUUCGUCAGUGUGACCAAGGAUAUCACAGAAAGCAUCAGGAAGAUUAUCGAUAAAUCAUCUAUAAAGUUCAUUCGCAGCAUUAAGCUUGACACCAAAAAUGGCAAAACGGAGGACAGGAUUCUGGUCCUCACAACAUGGCGUCUCUAUUUCCUGGCGCCAAAGAUUCCCGCUAAGGUAGAAACCACCUUCAACUUUCUGGAGAUUCGAGCUUUGAAUUCUCACCCUGAACACCAGGUUAUUAUCGACACUGACAAGUCCAGUUACUCCCUGAGGUUUGAGUCGCGAGAGCACCUCAAUCAUGUGGUCAGCCAUAUCAAUUUCGCCCUCUCCCGAAUAUUCAACAACUCCAUUUUUGCCCCUUCCAUCUGUCAUUCAGACAGUGACCUUUCUGAGGGCAGCAGGAAGUACUCGCCCAGCUCCGAGACUUCAGUGGAAACCCAGAGGGCGUGUGGAGGCUUCUCGGAGACCUACGCCGCUUUGUGCGACUAUAAUGGCAUCAGCUGCAAGGAGGAAGUGCAGUGGGAUGUCGACACCAUAUAUCACUCCCAGGACAACCGAGAGUUUAACCUGCUGGAUUUCAGCCACCUGGAGAGCAGGGAUUUGGCCGUGAUAGUCGCAUCGAUGGCGUACAACACCUGGUUCACCAAACUGUACUGUAAAGACCUGCGCAUUGGGUCAGAGGUCACGGAGCAGGUCCUGCACACGGUCAGCAAAUCCUCCAGCCUCGAGGAGAUCACUCUGGAGAACGCCGGGUUGAAAUCAGACUUUCCACAGAAGAUGUCAGCUGCUCUUUCAGAGAAUCCUGCUUCUGUCAUCCACUCUCUAAACCUGGCCCACAACUCACUGGACAACCAAGGUGUGUCCAACCUAAUCCAGCAGGUGUGUCGCCUCAGCAAAGGACUUCGUCUCCUCAACCUCUCCAAGACCUCACUCACCUCCAAAGGAGUGGUGUCUCUCUCUCAGGCUCUGUGCUCCAGCGAUGAAUACUCCAACUCCCUCCUGCACCUGGACCUGAGCAAGAACCCCGGGGUCCUCUCAGGGGAGGAUGCCUCGAACUUGUAUCUCUUCUUGUCUCAGCCCAACUGCCUGGUCCACUUGGAUCUGUCUGGCACCGACUGCUCCGUGGACUCCCUAUUUGGGGCUCUUCUGAGGGGGUGUUGCGCUGAUCUCUCCUUUCUGAAUCUUUCCAAAAAUUCCUUCUCCCACAGGAAAGUGAAGGACACGCUGCCGUUGUUCCGUCAGUUCUUCAGCUCGGCCUUCAGCCUCACUCAUGUCAGCCUAGCCUCUAUGAAGCUGCCCCCUGAUGUUCUCAGGGCUCUUCUGACAGGGUUAACCUCCAAUCCUCAUAUCAAUGACCUUCAUCUGGACAUCAGCGGCUGCGAGCUAAGGUCUGCAGGAGCUGCUGUAAUCCAGGAACUCUUCCCCAGAGUCUCCUCCAUCGGCACUCUGGAUGUCUCCGAUAACGGUCUGGAUGCAGACUUGCUCACAGUGCUGCCAGCUCUCUCCAGACACCCCUCCCUCAAACACCUUCAUCUGGGCAAGAACUUCAACAUCAAAAACAGGGUUCUGGAUGAAGUCAUGCAGAAGCUGGUUCAGCUCAUACAGGAGGAGGAAUGUGCCCUGCAGUCCCUGUCGCUGUCCGACUCGCGCCUUCGCUCUCGUGGCACCGUGCUGGUCAACGCUCUGGGCAGCAACACCUGCCUGAGAAAAGUGGACCUGAGCGGCAACAACAUGGACAACAUCGGAGCCAAGAUGCUGAGCAAGGCCCUGCAGAUCAACACCACGCUCAGGAGUGUGACAUGGGAUCGCAACAACACCUCCGCAGCAGGAUUUCUCGAUGUGGCCCGCGCGCUCGAGCAUAAUUUCACCUUGCAGUACAUGCCUCUACCCCUGAGUGACAUCAGCCAGGCGUACCGCAGCGCCCCCGAGAGGACGGAGCUGGCACUGACCAAGAUCCAGCGCUCUCUGGUGAGGAACAACCAGACGCAGCGUUUCUCCCAGCGACAGGCUCUGCGGCUGCAUCAAGGCCUCGUCACCAGCACCGCCGAGCAGGUGAUGGAGCGCCUGUGUGUGCGUGUCCAGCAGCAGGUGUGUUUGCUACGAGGCGUCGGCGAGAUGGAGGAGAUUCAAGCUGCUAAACAAGUGCUAAAAGAGGCCAGGAACUCUCGCGCUCUCUACCCUUCGCUGUGCGAGCUGGCUCAUGUGCUGUCUGUGGACGGGCCGGUGCGCCAGAGACUGGACUCUUUGGCCGGCGAACUUGCCAAAGCUGCAGACAAGGAGCUGCAGGUGAUCGUGGACUCCAUGGUGUCUCUCUGUCGUGAGCUCUGUCCUUUAUCUUCUUCUGCAGCCGAGAGAUUAAGCCCUCCGCUCUCGUCCGUCUCCGAGCGAGUGUCCAUCCCUCGCUCAGCCAUUCGCACUGCCCUCAUGGAGAGAGCAGCGCAGGACAUUCACAGAGCCUUGGAAGAAGUGAAGCUGUCAGUGGUUUCCUAUCUCACCAACUCCAUCGUGGACCAAAUCCUGCAGGAACUCUAUGCCACUCAUAAGACCCUGACCCGGCAGGUGUCUCAUCUGAAAUGCUGGGAGGAAACGUGUGAAGACGGGUCGGGCUGGAGGUUCAACAGACACAGAGACUCUCUGGACAUCACGGACGAAGAGCUCGGCACCAGCAUAGACACAAUAGCCAUUAAGAAGCGCAGCUCUAGAACAAGACGAAUACGACCUGUCUCCACCAGACUGAGCCUGUGUGACGACUCCAGCUCCUCUCCGCCCCCCUCUGUGCCGUCGUACUCGUCACCGCUGUCCCGCUCGGCGUCCUGGGAGGGCCUGUCAGAGCUGCCUACACAGGGGCUGCCUCUUCAUCAUGUGACGCGAGUUCGGCCUCGGCCACCGCGGAGGCACAAGGGAGGCCACAUUCCUGCUGAGACACACUGCAGUGAAAAUGGAGGAAUAAGCCCGCUGGAUGAUGGACUCCCUGAUUUCUACACGAAAAGAGUGCUCCCUGAUAGUCAGCUCUCCUCGCUGCACAAGGCGCACUCUCUGAGGAGGAAGAAGAGGAGAAACAUGCUGGCCAUCUUCGGUUUCCGCAAAAACCGCAACCAGACUCUGUCCAGUCAGGGGCUCGAAUCUGAAGCCGAGGUUUAUGGAGACGGCUGUCACACUGUCGCUACAGCGCCCAUAGGAACAGCAACAGAGAAUGUGUACACGCUCCUGCAGCCUCCCAGGGCUGCUGCCAGAGCUGGAUCACCCAGCGAGGGGGCUGAUGGGAAAAUAAACGAUCACCAGGGGAAAAAUACUCUUGUUUUGAGUCCGCCACCAGUGCCGGGCAUCCCUCACCCAGGCGGGGGAGGAAGCAAACACCCCUUUUAUUCUCCCAGAGAGAAAUUGGAAGUGGACGCUGUUUUUGACCAACCGCUGGAGACGGACAAGUACUGGGCAGACGACAAACAGAGGACAACAGAUGUGCUGCAAGCAGACAAGCAGUGGAUGGAAGGAAGGCAGAGCGAGCAGCACGUGGACAGACAGCGAUUCGAUGACAGGCUGCAAGAAAGGACUGCUGCAGAGCCGAGGACGACGGACAGACCGACAGACAGGUACUGGACCGAGAGCAGACAUCCGGACAGACACGUGGACAGACAGUGGACUGUUGACAGACACACCCAGCGGCAGAUUGACCGAAAAAUAGAAAGACAGUGGAUGGGCGGCAGGCAGAUCGACCGGUCGUGGUCGGAGAACAGACCGACGGACGUGCAGGUGGACAGUCAGUGGGCUGAGAGCAGACAUGUGGGAAGAAUGACAGACAGACAAGUUCAGGCGCUUCACUUUGCUCAAAGGCCGCUGCCUCCGUACCCGUCGGACAGGACGCCCUCGCCAAAACAGGAGACGGAUCCCCUGAGAAGCCCAGAGGCAGCAGCCAUAGAGUGGCAUCAGCAGGACGCGCUGGGAGAAAGACACACGGGUCCUGAUGCAGGUGGAGGUUUUACCGAUGGGUGGAGGAGCACCAGUGGAGGUGGAGGAGGGCUCUCCGCCAGCCGAUCGGCUCCCUUGACAUCAAAACCCGACCCCCCGCCACAGAGCAGCAAACCCAACCUGCCCAAGCUGAGACAGAGACAUCGACUCGAGAGCUCAGACGCUCUGCCAGGUACGGAGGAGGAAGGAGAGGCAGAGAAGGAUGCUGGAAAAAUGGAAAGAAAAGAGAGAGAAAAGAGACGAGAUUCUGAGGGUCAACCUCCUCCGAUUCCUGAAAAGCCAAAGACCUCCUCGUAUGUGACUUUUUCAAAAGAAUCAGCCAAUGAGAGGAACUUGCCUCCUCCUCCCGUACCCCCUCCUAACGUUAGCAAGUCCAUACAUGGGUUGCCAGACAGAGCUUCAAGUCAAGGUGAUGAAGGACUCAGACCUCAGGCACCAGUGAAACCACAGAGGAACAGGAAGGCGAUGUCCUGUGACGCAGGCACUGACAGGGAAAGCCCUAAUAACGUUGAGAAGCCCCCAAAUCGCAAACCCCCCGUGAAAAAACCUAGACUACCCCAAAACAGAAAUAAGUCACUGGACUUGUCUGAGAGCAUCAACUCGGCGCCCGGUCAAAGCGAGCUAUUAUGAUGCCCGGCAAUCUCACCUGCCGCUGUCCGGCCGGAGUUGUCAUGACAACCGUGGACCAUUUCAUCCAACGAGAAAACAAAGAGCGCGGAGGGGAGAGCCGGGGAGAAAAAUACAGCGCAACAUGACAGACAUCAUAAAACAUCAGUCACUCGCUUCUGUUGGAGAAAAAAAAAGAAAACAAACAAAAAAAAACCCAACUCACUUUCCUUAAUGUCACUUUUCCUCCCCUCACUGAGUUUCUUGUCUUUGCUUUUCCUCUCACGUGCUCAACUCUUUUUGUGGCUACAGUAUUUUAACAGUAUUUGCUACCUUAGAAAAACCCAAAUGAUCAUCGUCGUGCGUGUCGGAGUGCUCGAGCGUCGUGGCUUUGCUAGACAAGAAGAAGAAGAAGAAGAAGAAGAAAAAACAAAUGUCUUUAUUAGAAUGUGAUUUCUUAAAUCUGUAAUGCAUUUUUGACUGCUGAUACAGUUGACUGCCUUGGUUGACUCUUGAAAAUGAGUUGCUUCUUAUCAAAUGAAACUUGAUGAUUUAUAUCUAGUUUUGCUUUCAGGAACUGAAAGGUAAUAUAUUUUAUAGAAAAAAGUAAAUAUUAUGUAUGAGCACCCUCACUGUAUGAAUAAAACUCUAAUGA